AUGAAAAAAUUAGCACAAAAAAUAUACCCAAAAAAAUAGCCUAAAAUACUUUCUAAAUUUGAAAUGGAAGAGAAAAUUAAGGGAAAAAUGCAGAAGAUUAUUGAUAAGGUAUAUAAGAUGAAUGAAGACGUGGAUGAUGAGUAUGAAGAUGUGAAUAAGGAUGAAGUUGUGAAUGAGUUGGAAAUUUUAGUAGUGGAUGAUGAGGAGGGUAAAGAAUUAGUUUAGAAAAAAAAGUGUGUAGAGAUAUAAAAUUCUGAUAAUAUUAUGGAAAAAAUCAAAAAUGAUCACGACAAAUCUUCGGAUUUAUAUGAUUAAUCAAAAAUUUAAGAAUCAAGUUCAAUAACUAACUAUUCAAUUUCAGAUGGUGUCAAUUCUCAAUUUGAUUAAAAUCCAACAGAAGAAAUUAAAAAUUAUGGAAAACCUAAUUAUAGUGAUUAAACCCAUCAAGGUGAUCCUCCCUAGAUAUAGAAAGUUUAUGUAGUGAAUAAAAAAUUAAUAAGUAAAAGAAUUAGCAAAAUGAAAGGAAAAAAUAAUUUGAGGAACAUUAAAGAACUUUAAUGGGAUAGGGCAAUAAUAGUUUUGAGAUUAUUAAGAUGUUUUUUAAAGUAUAAACACUUUUAGAAAAUCAAUAAAUAUGCACUUAAAAUCUAAGAAGUAAUUGAUGAAGUUAAGAAAGGCAUGGAAUACAAAGAAGAGGAGUAUUAUUAGUUUUUUUAGAAAGAUUUUUUUUAUACGAGAGAAGAUUUUUUCAAUACCAAUAUUUUCAAUAUUAUUGCUUUUUCAUUAAAAAUAUUAUAAUCCUAGGAAAUUUUUACGAUAAAAUUAAAAGAAUGGCAUAAAUAAUAGUCUAUCAGUUGGAUUAAUCUUCUAGACUUUUAAAAAUAUAACAAUUAUUUGGGUUUAAUAAAUUCUCUUGAUGUCGAAGGUGUUAAAUUAACGAACAAUAACUGUCCAAGAAAAUACAAAAAAUAUAAUUUCUUAUAAAUUGCUCUAGAAUUACUUUAAAAUCUAGAAAAAUAAUUAGAUAAGAUUUCAAUUCAUCACACAAUAUUGCAAUUAUUAGAAGGAAUUGUAAAAAUGAAAUUCAAAAAAUAUACAAUGAAAAAAGCAAUUAAUCUUACUGAACAUGAUAUUAUUAGUUUAUUAUAUUGCGAUGGUAAAUUGGACGAGGAAGCUAUGAAAGAAUUUAAAGAAAUUAUGGGCAAGCCUUAAUUAUACUAGACUAGCUGA